AUCAGUUCGAAGCCAUUAUCAACAGCUUAAAGGUGGUUCCGCGUGUCGCUUAAAUUAUAUUUUUAUUUUGAUUAACGCAUAGUGCGAUAAUCAACCAAUUUUUGUAAUUCCAUUUUGACGUUAUUUCCCAGAAUAAUGUUGACUCGAAAACCUGUGGGAAUUCUUAUAAUUGGCAUGCUGUUGCAUUGCGCAGUUCACGCACAACAAAAUUGUGUGAAUCCAAACAGAAACUCGGGCUACUGCUUAUCAAUCUACGACUGCCCUAGUUUAAUUGAUCUUGUCCAGCAAAUAUUACUUACCAGCAAUGAGCGAAUGUUUCUGAGAGAUUCCCAAUGUGAAAACGGAUUUGGGCGCAAGCCUUAUGUUUGUUGCACUCGUGAUAAAAACUACGCCAGUGUGGCAACAACAACACCGACACCUGCAACUACAACUACCACAGCAAGGACAGUAAUUCAACCCAGUCCAACGUCUGCCAAUGGUGAUAGAGGUCAGGGAGAAAGCCUCCUCCCAAGGCCACCAGCAUGUGGACCAAAUUCGUUCUUAGAUCGCAUUUACAAUGGCAACGACACAGCGCUUGAUGAGUUUCCAUGGAUGGCAUUGCUUGAGUACACGAACAAAAGGGGUCAACGGGAGCUAAAUUGUGGUGGCAGUCUGAUCAACAAUCGUUAUAUACUAACCGCUGCUCACUGCGUAACUGGCCAAAUAUCCGUCGAAGUGGGUCAGCUUACUACAGUGCGAUUGGGCGAGUACGAUAUUAGCAAAGAAAUCGACUGUGUGAGGAAUGUUUGCAACCGGCCUGUGCUCGAGAUUGGUGUUGAAGAAGUGAUUGUGCAUCCCCAGUACAAUGCUGAUGACAACAAUCGUCAUCACGAUAUCGCUCUCAUUCGCCUCAAUCAGCAAGUUGAACUCAAUGAAUAUAUUAUACCUGUCUGCCUGCCAUUGGUCAGCACACGAGCAGCCAUUAAUACCAAUGACAAGCUCACCGUGAGCGGCUGGGGUCGCACUCUUCUUGCUCGACAGAGCAACAUCAAACAACGCAUUGAUCUGCCCGUUGCGGAUCAAGAUUAUUGUAAGACGAAAUUUGCAACUAAGAGAAUAAGCGUCAUAAGCUCGCAAUUGUGCGUGGGAGGUGAAUACAUUCGGGAUAGUUGCGAUGGGGAUUCAGGCGGACCAUUGAUGCGAUACACGGGUGCUUGGUAUUUGGAAGGAGUUGUCUCAUUUGGUAACCGAUGCGGUCUUGAAGGUUGGCCUGGUGUCUACACAAGAGUUACUGACUAUAUGGAUUGGAUAAUUGGGACUAUUCGUCCCUAAGUAUAUCAAUUGGAGGAACUAUGAUUCACGAUUUGUCUCACUAGAUUUAAAUAACAAAAUUAUCAGAAAAACAUUCAAACCAAUCAAACGCAUUCUAAUUAUUUCGAUUCUUUCAAGAGUUUAAUUACACUUUAUGUUUUGUUGCCGGCAUAUUCUGAACCAGCAUUAAUACUUAUCAGUAUGUAGAAGCUCCAAAAUUGUAAACUUCAGAUGGACCAUCGUCUUCCAACGCUUGCCCAAAAGUUAGUAUGAAUGUAAAGAAACAAGUAACAAAGCUUCACAGAAUUGAGUGAACCGCUAUCUGGUUACAAUAAAGCCAAUUAUAGGAAAUAUCCUUGAUCUUAAAAUUGUCUCAAAUAUAAAUAGAGAAAAUAUGUGCGUUUAUGUCAUAUAUUUAUUAUUAUUUUAUUAACAAGUAAUAAUAAAUUAAUAUACCAAAAAAAUUCUAAAAUAUAUCAGAUACUUUAUUAUUAUAUCAAAAUAUAUACACAGUACUAAAGAAGCAAGAUUCUCUAUCACAAUAAACGAGUCCUUAUGUUUCUUGGCAUUAAAUUGUAGCAAAAAAAAACUUCGAAAUUUUUCUGGACUAUAUUUAGUCAUUACAUUAACUAUUUUUACAUUACCAAUAUACCAUUAUAUUGAUAAGAUACUAGGCACCAUUCAUCCCUAAAUAGAAUAAUUGAAGUAGCCAAGAUUCACCUUUUGUCAAAAUAAGUUUUAAUUAAAAGAAAGCCGAGAGCCAAACUUAA